UCAUUCAUUUUGUUUUGUUGAUGUUGACAUAAUGCGCUGGUAUUAGAUAUUCAUCCAUGGUAUUAGUCAUUAGUUGAAGUGUAUGAUAAAAUAUUGAGUUGAAAUCGAUUUUUAGAAUUUAAUUUUGCGGAACUCUAAGCCAGCCAAACUGGAACUACUCAACGCACGGAUUAGGAUUAUUUCACCUUUCAAAUUUGAUAAAUUAAAUGGCAUUGUGCUGGCGGUGGAAACAUAUACAAGUGAACGAGUGCCACGAGCAGGUGACAAUGAAGGGAUGAUUUUCCCAGCCAUUUCAGCUCAUCCCCGGUGAUAAGUAAAAAUAACAUCAGACCUAAAACUCACCGGUUUACUGAUCGGAAAGUUCACCAUGAACCAUGAUGAUUUGAUGUUCACGUCUAUAGAAAGUGAAGAUUUCCUCGUCAAUGAAGAAAAGCCAUCGCUUAGUUCAUCUUGGUCAUCAAUCGGUGAUAAAGAUAACCAGUGGAAAUCAACAGAUUCUAACAUAAGCCAACUGCAGUCUCCUAUGAAGCAGUCAGACCUACUUGCAUGCUCAACUCCAGUGAAAUGUGAAAGCAACAAUAAUACGAAAUUCCACACUUGUCCUGCAUCUCCAAUGGAUGGUAAUUCUCGAAGUCUCAGUGGCGUCAACAUCAACAAAAUUCUACAAAUAGCUCAAGAUGGAUGGAGCGGUGUACCUCCUACCUCUCAUCUGAAAACUAAAAGAUCAUUAUCGCUGCAUGACCUCGAUAAUAUUUUUGAGUUUCCCUCUAAUAAACUUGCUAUCAAUGCAGAUUCUCGCAGAAUUUCGCAUUCUUUGUCUUCAUCCAAGACCCGAUCGAAAGAUUCAGGGAUCCACCGAACAGCUAGCUGUGUGAGUUUGUUAAGUAAUAAUGCUUCUAGUCGAAAGUAUGAUCAUGUACAAAGUAAAGUCAAGCAGUAUAUUCAGAGUAUGAAAGAACUUAGUGGUAAGAAUCAUCCAAGCAAAAACACAGUUAAACCUUGUAUUUUAAAUUACUCAGACAGCAAACCCAGUUUGGAAACUAUAGAGUCGGUAAAAGAGAAAUUUCAUGGACUGCAAAAUGAAGUCUUAGAGAAAGAUUUACUGAUCUCCACUUAUCAUGAAAAAUAUGUAAGUCUUCAGAUGAAGUAUGCCCAUCUGAAAAGAAAGUAUGAUGCACUCCGAUUUGGGAACCUCCUUUACAACGAGUCACUCUCUCCCGAUCAAUUUCAUCACUCAGAUGAUUCCAUUAAAACAGAUUCUGACGAUCGCUUGUUUCAAAGUUGCAAUGUUUUCACCUCAGAUUCCAAGUCACCUCACUUUGACACUAGCGAUUUGGGACCGCACCAUCAGUCAAAUCAAAGUUGUAAUCAUUCCACAUCCGUUUCACCUGCCGACACCAAAUUAUUGAAUCCGAUCUCCAAAAUUCACUCAACAUCAUUGAAUCUUAGUCGUCAAUACGUACCUCUUCAACCUAGUCCAUUGAAGGAAAGUUCAUCGUUAGCUUUGCCUCUUGCCAUACAAAGUCUCUCCAAGUCUGAUUCGUCUAGUCACCUUGCCUCUCAAGGGAUCUCAGGUUUAAAAGAAGACGACCCCUUCCUUAAGGUCCAGCAAUGGCAAGAAUCCUUAUCACCCUCAAAAGUGAGUACUUGUGCACCUGGUAGUCCCACCGCACCAACUCUCAAUUGCCAUGAAAAGAGGAGCAAGUUGAAGGGAUCAAAACCUCUUAGACGUUCUAGGAAAAUCAAACAAGGAGGGGAAGUGCCUGAUGUACUUCGUAAUCUUACCAAAGAAAAUAGACCUACCUCUGAGGAUCUGAGAGAGGUAGAUACCUGUCCAAGGCUUUUGCCCACGCAGGCGGAAAAUAGUUUCAAACCUGCGUAUAAUCUGGACGAUUCUCUUAGCAGUAGCCAAAAGUCAGACAUGUUACCAUUCACCUCCUCAUUCAUGGAAAACAAUUUUAAUGUGAAAAAAUAUCAUGCUACCAAGAGUUCAGUUAGUCACGCUAAAAAUAGCAUGUUGAAACGAAAAUUCAGCCAGUCUGCUCCUAUUUCUGCCAAAUCAAAUCCAUGCACUGCCACCACCACGUUUGAAAAGUGCAAUCAAACAGCACUUUGUUGUUCUUUGAAAGCCUCCGAUCUGUAUAUUAAUCAACUGAAUAAAGGACUGGAUAAACUCAUGAUUGCCCUCACCGAGCUUGGCACCUCUACUGCCCACAGAAGUUGAGUGCUUGAGGCUCUAUCAACAUUUAUAGGUUGUCAAACCAAUUGAUACUUUGGUCUUGGAAUGCAUUCGUAUGCCAAAUUCUUCAGAAGCAAUGGGGCUAAAUGUACUUGAAGUUCUUUUGAAUGUGUAAGGAUGCUUUUCGCAGCAGAACCGUUGAAUUCAGCUUUCGGGAUGUAAUGACAUUUUCCCAAAAAUAUCUUUUGUUAGAUUCUCCAGGUCUAUUCCAAGGUUACCCAAUAUUUCAGACAAAUUCCCAUUUUUUCUCUGUACUCACUUUGUGUGCUAUCUUCAAAUAAAUUUUUAAUGGCGAAAGAUUGUUGUUUUAAAGAAUUUUAAAGAAUAAACGAAAA